AUGAGCGGUGGUGAUGCUACUCGAUUUUUUGAUACGUCUGGUUGCUUAAAUUUAACACGGCCAACAACCGGUACAUCAACUCUACCAUUAAAUCAACGUCGAAAUGAACGUAAACGACCAAUUAGCAGUUCGUUACAAAUACGAGGUCAAUUAAAGAUUGAUUUAUAUAAUUUUGAUCAUAUCGAUUUUAUUGAUUCAAAAUAUGUGCUGACAAGUCCUCGUUCGCUUGAAGCUUGUGCUCGUCUUAAUAUUAAGCCUGUAACAUUACUUCCAAAACGAUUAGCUGAUGUACAAGAUGAUAUUGGCUCGGAAAAAGUACGACUUUCAACAUUGGCAGAUGUACGAGAUAAAAUGGAUGUAGAUCGAUUAGGAAAUCUACAACGUUGCCGAGAAGAACGUGAGAAAAUUAUUCGAGAGGAAGCGCUUGCUAAUCCAUCAUCAACAAAAGUGAUUGAACCUCAGCCCUCUACUGUUCAUGACCGUUCACUACCUCAAAGAACUUUUUUUGACACAAAAUUUAAUCCAUCCAACUCUCUUCUACAUGGCCUUGAUCAACCAACUACAAUCAGCAGUGUUCCAGUUCGUUCUCAAUCAGCAACAGGUGUCAAGUUUUCUGAAUACGACACAAAUACUCAUCUUCCACCCAGACCAACAUCUUCAAAUCGUACAACAGUAGCAAAUUCAAUUCUUAAAUCAGCAAGUUCUCAAUGGCCACCAACAUCAUUAUAUGAUGAUGCUAAUAAUCGCGAUGAUUCAUAUGAGCAACGAGCAUCUUCUUCAGCUCAUUUACAUGACGACGUUCAACGGCUGAGCAAAAAUCUUCGACGUAUGAGUACAUCAGAUAGUAUACCAAAACAAAAUAAAAAUGAACGAUAUGUAUCUGGUCUUGAAAAUGUGAAACAAAUGAUAGAACGACGUGUAGCUCAUUCAAAUGCAGCAAAUGAUCCAGAUGCUGCAGGAUUUGAAAGGAAACAAUAUGAAGUAUUACUUGGACACUAUGAUCAUGAAUUAAAAAUUCAAAAAGCACGAGAAAAUGCACUUCGAAGUGAAAAAGAAAGAGAACUAGAACGUCAAGAAACAUUAUUACAUGAUUUUCUGGUUCAAACAAAAGCUGACGAACGACGAGAAAAUGAAACUCGUCGUAAAAUUAAUAAACUGCAUCAUACACGACAAUUCUACGGAACAUUACAACAGAAAAAUCAUGAAGAACAACUCACGGAUUUACAAAGACAACGUUUAGAAUUACUACACAAAAUACAAAGCAAAGAUCGACGUACAAAACAUUUUAUUAAAGAUAAAGAAGAGACGACAAAUUUAUCUCGAUCAUUGGCAAAAUCUUCACAAGAUCUUCGGGACUAUUUAAGAGAAACAAAUCAAAGUUUUGAUGUUAUGGCUAAAAAAGCUGAACUAACAAAUAGUGUUUUAGACAAGAAAACAACGAAACCACUCAAUCGAAAUCAUUUCAAAUCAUCACUUCGAACAUAG